GGGUGAAAAAGAAAAUUGAAAGCGAAUGAAGGAAGAGAAGAGGAACGAGGGAGAGGGAGAAGAAGACGCGCGUCAUGACAACCGUUAAGUGAUUCGUGAGAAGAUAUGACGUGGCAUCUUCAUAGCUCUCUGAUUUUUCUUCCAAAAAAUCAAAAUUCCCCACUUGCCAUUCGCUUCCGUUCUUCUCGUCACUUCUCUUCCUCUCCUUCUCAUCUGAUUCUGAAUCUCGCAACGAGAAACGCCGUUUCCCUAUCCCAAUCUCCAGGAUUUGCAUUAUUCGUGUAUUGCUGUGAUUUGAGAGUGUUGUGAAAUUUUACUGGCGGGAAUGUUCAUGCAUGAGUGAUUUUGAAAGCUUAGUUGCUUAUUUGAUUGUGAUAUAAAGAUUGUGAUGGCUUCAGCUGUCGUGAAUUUCGUUAACGCUACGUUAGAUUGGGUGACGUUUGCUUUAGAUGCUCCUUCUGCGCGAGCUGUAGUUUUUGGAGUUCAUAUCGGUGGACAUUUAUUUAUCGAGGUUUUUCUCCUGGUGGUCAUACUUUUCUUACUUUCUCAGAAAAGUUACAAGCCUCCUAAAAGACCCUUAACAAACAAGGAAAUUGACGAGUUAUGUGACGAGUGGGUUCCUGAACCCCUUAUUCCUUCUCUUAAUGAAGAGUUGCAGUAUGAACCGCCAGUGCUGGAGAGUGCUGCUGGGCCACAUACCAUUAUUAAUAGCAAAGAUGUUGUCAAUUUUGCUUCAGCAAACUAUCUUGGGUUUAUAGGUCAUCAAAAGCUACUUGACUCGUGUUCUUCUGCUUUGGAGAAAUAUGGUGUUGGUUCCUGUGGUCCUCGUGGGUUUUAUGGAACAAUUGAUGUCCACCUUGACUGUGAAGCAAGAAUAGCGAAGUUUUUAGGAACCCCUGAUUCAAUUCUCUAUUCUUAUGGACUUUCCACCAUGUUCAGUGCAAUUCCAGCUUUCUCUAAAAAAGGAGAUAUAAUUGUGGCGGAUGAAGGAGUCCAUUGGGGAAUACAAAAUGGCCUUUAUCUUUCUAGAAGCACAGUGGUGUAUUUUAAGCACAAUGACAUGGAUUCUUUAAGAGAAACUCUACAUAAUAUUAUUUCCAAAAACAAGCGGGCCAAGCAAUUGAGGCGUUAUAUUGUUGUUGAAGCUGUCUACCAGAAUUCUGGCCAAAUAGCACCCUUAGCCGAGAUCAUUAAAUUGAAGGAAAAAUAUCGUUUUCGUGUUUUGCUGGAUGAAAGCAAUUCAUUUGGUGUUCUUGGAAGUUCUGGAAGAGGUCUCACUGAAUACUGUGGAGUUCCAGUUGAGAAGAUAGAUAUCAUAACUGCUGCUAUGGGACAUGCAUUGGCUACAGAAGGAGGAUUCUGCACUGGAAGUGCUAGAGUUAUAGAUCACCAACGAUUAAGUAGCUCUGGUUAUGUCUUUUCUGCUUCUUUGCCUCCAUAUCUUGCAAGUGCUGCAAUUACAGCUAUUGAUGUCCUGGAGGAAAAUCCAAAUCUGAUAACAAAGCUGAAGAGCAAUAUUGCCUUGUUAUGGAAAGGAUUAUCAAAAAUACCAGGCUUCACAGUUGCAAGUAAUCCAGAGUCACCGAUUAUUUAUUUGAGAUUAAAGAAAUCAACAGGUUCCAUGAAAGAUGACCUACAUCUGCUUGAAAAUAUUGCUGAACGUCUUUUGAAAGAAGAUUCUGUAUUUGUGGUGGUUUCCAAAAGAUCAACAUUGGACAAAUGCCGUUUGCCUGUGGGAAUUAGAUUAUUUGUUUCUGCUGGGCAUUCAGAGAAUGAUCUGAUCAAGGCGUCUGAAUCAUUGAAAAGGGUUGCAGCAUCAGUCUUGGGUGGUCAUAAUUGAACGGUGUACAACCUUCUAUUGGAUCUUUUUAUGUACCAAAGACAUAAGUUCUAUUCUUCUAUGUUUAGGUGAGCAAUUUUGAGAUCCGGGUGAUGAAGAAAGUCCUGUAGUUGAUUAUUCAUGUAAUAUUCUGUGCUAGUUUAGGGUAACAGUAUUUUGCGCGUUACUCAUUGGUUUAUACGUGCCUCAAGUGGUAGAAUAAGGAUCUAAUGUUUCUUAUCAUGAGUUGGGGAAAAUGCCUAUGAAUUACAUUCCGGUAUUUUUUUGGUCACUUCGAUUGCUUGCAUGAGAUAUCCAUAUUACAUUAUUCAUUGGUUAGCUGUUCAACAGUGAGGUUGGCGAAGGUCCCUACCAUUGCCCGAAUACAUACUCGAAGUUGCUUUUCUU